AUGAAGCUGGCUGCUAUUUCCCUGGCCUUGACAGCUUUGGCAGCUGGCACUGCCGCCCAGAGCCUGUCUGACCUUCCCAAGUGUGCUCAAGACUGCGCGACCAAUGCCAUCCCCCAAGAAUGCGGACUCGAUGUAAAGUGCAUUUGCAGCGCCCAGUCUUUCAUCGCAUCCAUCACCUGCUGCGUGGCUAAGGCCUGCAGCCCGGCGGAUCAAGAUGGAUUUGCUUUCCAACCAAUGCUUUGGUACGGCUGGAAUCGUGCUGACUUCUUCAUUGCUACAGCGACGAUUAAGUUCGCAGACAACCUCUGCGGCAUUGCUGGAGUAACCACUCUGCCUCAAACUGCUGUUUGCACCACCACCGCUACGGCUAGCGCGGCUUCCGCUGCAUCUGGAUCGACUUCGGUAGUGGCGACUACGACGGCAUCGACUACGGCAUCGGCUACUGCGAAUAGCUCGGCUCCCAGCGCUUCUUCAACGACCGCUUCUCAUACCAGCAGUGGCAGUGCUUCUGCUACUACCCCAUCAGGCACUUCAGCUGCUGCCCCAAUUGCGCAGACCCGGAACGGUGGUGUUAUUGCGGGAGUGGGCGCUGCGGCUGUACUCGCUGCCAUGCUUCUUGCCUAA